AGAGAAUCAGAGACAGGACAUAACACUGAGAACAGCUGGAGAACAACUGAGAAAGACCAACAGCUUCUUUUAGAUCAUCAACAUGAAGACCAUGAUUUCAAUCGCUCUUCUCUUAACCACUUUCUGCCUGGUCUCUGAGGCUGUCAACGUCCAGGAUGGAGAAUAUUUUUUCUCACUGGAAUCGGUGAAAGUCCUUCAGCACCUGAUGGACAGCAGCUCUGUCUCCCAGCAGCAGAAUCCUCGUCUAAUCAAGACCAGCAAUGUGGCAGUUUGUAGGAACCCAACCCUGCCCCAGGAGUUUAUAGAGCUCUGUCGUCAAAGUGGCUCGUCCCUGGUCUUCUCCAGGCUAGCUGCAGUGCCUAUGGAUGUGUGUGAACUCUGUGCUUUUGCUGCCUGUACUGGUUGCCUGUGAUGGAUUGUUUUUUUUCCCAUGUAGUCAAGUCACAAAAGACUGUUGUGGAACUGUUACCUGUUUAAAAGCGCUUGUGUAAUGACUCUUAGUUUGACAAUUUGAUAAACUGUAUUUUUGUUACAGUAUGUUUAUUUAUCAAUUUGAUGUAGAAUUAUUUUUCUUUUCGAGUUCUAUGUGUCUUUUGGUUACAUAUUCUGAUGUUCAUCAUUUAGAUGUAGAGUAAAAUGCUUUCUGAAAUAUCAUGGCCUGUGACAGAUAUUGUAAAAGUGAAAAUUAUAUUUUAUAUCAAAUAAUUAAAAGAAAAAAGCUAUGAAACAAA